AUGUCCGCUCAAAAUGUAAUACAGUUUAUUGAGAAAAAGACAUUACAACAUUCUAUUCGAGGUAUAUGGAGAAAUGAAGAACAACUUGAAUGUGAUGAUAACGAAGGCGUAGUUUUCGAGAACUGUUUUCAGAAAACGUUACCAAAAGCUUUGAGACUCUCCACAGAGUCAGAUGUCAUUCCAGAUCGACAAAAAAGAUAUGUUUUAAAUGUCGAAGAAGACAUCGACAAAACCGAUUACUUCGACAGCGAGGACGAAUACUGGGAGGGUCAAAGGUCAACAAUGAAGGACGAUUUCUACUUAGAUGCAUCUGAAAAGGGAUAUGGUUCUCCAAUUUCAGGCACCAGAAAUACGGGAAGAUAUAGUAAGGGAGUGGAACAAUACCUGAACAUGCCGCUCUUUCAAAGGUCUUUACGAAAGUUCGCAGCUGACAAUGAUUUUCAGGCACAUGAUGUCAUUUCCGAUGGGAACUGUAUGUUUCGGGCUAUCGCUGAUCAAUUGCUUAUUAACGGCUGCCUGGGGCAUACGAUAGAGUCUCUCAGACACACAGCAAUAAAGUAUCUGAGACUUACUCCUUUCCAUCAAGGCAAAGAUCACAUUUCUUCGUUUUUAUCAGAGGAAACAUGGGAGGAAUAUCUAAAAAGAAUGUCAAGGUCUGGUGAAUGGAGCGAUCAUAUCAUUUUACAGGCUGUUGCUGAUAUGUUCUCUCUCGAAGUCAUUAUCUUCAACGUCUACCACGACGACAUUUGCAGGACUGAAGUCAAAGGGAAAAUGAGCAUACAUGAUCAACACCGUUUGACAAUAUUUCUUGGUCACCUUGGAGAGUUCCAUUAUUUAAGCUUGCGUCCAAAACUAUGGCUGAGACACUGGCCUUACAAAGCUUUGAUACUAAGGAUCCUAGCUUGGUCUAAAGACAGUUCCCAAGUCAGAAAUUAA